AUGGCUGCAGAGGAUGGCCAUAGAGAUAUUGUUGAGCUGCUGCUGGCGCACAAAGAUAUACAAGUCAACGAAGGCAACCAUUGGAGAACGCCAUUAUGUGCAGCUGCAGAGAAUGGCCAUAGAGAUAUUGUUGAGCUGCUGCUGGCGCAUAAAGAUAUACAAGUCAACGAAGGCAACCAUUGGAGAACGCCAUUAUGUGCAGCUGCAGAGAAUGGCCAUAGAGAUAUUGUUGAGCUGCUGCUGGCGCAUAAAGAUAUACAAGUCAACGAAGGCAACCAUUGGAGAACGCCAUUAUGUGCAGCUGCAGAGAAUGGCCAUAGAGAUAUUGUUGAGCUGCUGCUGGCGCAUAAAGAUAUACAAGUCAACGAAGGCAACCAUUGGAGAACGCCAUUAUGUGCAGCUGCAGAGAAUGGCCAUAGAGAUAUUGUUAAGCUGCUGAUUUCAAGAGAUGACAUUGACUUGAAUGGGACUCACUACAAAGAUUGGACGCCAUUAUCAUUUGCAAUAGCAAGAGGGCAUCUUGAUGUAAUGAAAUUAUUGCUUCCAAGAAUCAAUCGUGGCAAUUAUUCCGAGUUACUUGGCAGAGAAUAUGCAGUCGAAGCAGCUAUAAAAGAUGAUAAAUGCUACGUUAUAGAGCUCCUGGUUCUGAAGGAAGAUAUCGAAUUAGAUGUCAAAAAAUGGGACUAUGAUGUACAAGAAAAAUUGUUUGAGGUAGUAAGACCUUUUCUUCUGAAAAACAACUUAAGCUUGAGAUCAUGGGGUACCUAUGAUCAGCCAAUCGUUUUAUCGAUUAUGAACACAAAAGAUUUGGAUACGGUAGAGAGAUUGCUGACCAAGUACGACAUGCAUUCUCCUAAUCGAACUCUUUUAUCAUGGGCUGCAGAAAAUGGAUAUAAAGCAGUGGUUCGGUAUUUGUUGGUCAAAGCGGGAGUGAACCCCAAUAUAAAAGACGACGAUGGUCGGACACCGCUUUCGAGGGCUUCCGAAAAUGGACACGAGAUUAUAGUGAAGCUCCUAUUGGGGAAUAAAACUAUGGGUAUAAGAAAAAAGGAAGGACAGUGGUACAACGAAGAAGAAAAGGAGCUUCUCUUAAUACAGAACAGUGCUGAUCCAAAUUUGGAAGACGACGAUGGCCAGACACCGCUCUCUUGGGCAUUAAAAAAAGACCAUGGUGCAAUAUUGGAGCUUCUUGUGCCUAUAGACACCACUACAUUGUUUCUAUUGGUGAAGGAAGGCAAUCGGGAAGCAAUAAAGUCACUCAUAUUCGCCGGACCUAGGUUAGAUGAAAGAAACCGCCAAGGAAAAACCCUACUACAUACCGCAAUUCUAUCCGGCCAGCUGAAAGUAGUGACAGAUCUUAUAUCAUAUGGGGCAGAAAUCAAUCUUCAGGAUAUUGACAAUAUGACGCCACUUCAGCUCGCAGUGCAAAAAAAUGAUGGCGCCUUCAUUCAAGAGCUACUGAAGAAGAAAGCAGAGAUGAAAGGCAUUAUGGUGAAUGAAUGGCGCGAUGCUUACAGCAAAGAAAGCAUAGAUAUCCUUCAGAUUUCUGAAGCACUUAAUGGGGAAAGACAAGUGGAAUUUACCAGGAUCCUACCAACCGCUAGUCAGCUAUCGCAGGCGCCUUUUAAUACGGGGAGAUAUCUAUACUCAAUUACAGAUGAUACCGGUGGCUUAGCUUGGUCUAAGGUGCCAAUUACCCAUAUUAAAGAGCAUUCCAGGCCAAAUGAAUUAUAUGUCAAUAUUUCGAAAGGUUCAGAUAACAAUGUUUCAGAUAUUUCUCUCUGCGUGUGGUUUUCUGUCGAUGAUUAUUUGUCUGGUUAUGACACUGUCAUCUCCGCCGCCAAUGUAUACAGGAUAGCUUGGAAAAUGAACCGAUCAACGAAACCAGGCAGUCCCUGGGUCUCAACAGUUUACUUUAGUACGCUACCAAAUGGAUGGAUGCCCGAAAAUGACUUGGACUUAUUUCAGCAAUUCAUUUUCUGUGUUAAGGAGACUUGGUUAAAGCUAUGCCAGCAACUUGAAAUACGUCUAUCUAGUAGACGUCUGGAGCAACUAAAACUAAAAGGGAAGAGCCCUGACAUGAUUGAUAGUCUCGCAAAUGAUGCAAAGAACUUAGCUGAACUUCGCAACACAUUGCAUAAUCAGAUUCAAGCUGCUGAGAACUUUAUUAAAGAUUACUGUCGAUAUUACAAUGCAAAUAAAGCACCAAAAGGCAUACAAGAGGAAUUGAAAAAUGAGUUUAAGCUCGUUGUGGAUAGAAUAGGACAACUGGACCAAGUAAUCCGAGAUCUUUUACAAAUUGAGUUUGCUUGGGCUUCUAUCAAUGAGACGCGAAUCUCGACUCGCUUGGGGCAAAAUGUGAUGCUUCUCACAUAUGUCAGCAUAUUUUAUCUCCCAUUGGGAUUCUGUGCUGCGCUCUGGGCAAUUCCAGAUAUCACGAACCCUAGUACAAGAAGUCCCUUUAUCAUUUCUUCUGUAAUCAUUUGUUUGGUUACUCUUCUCGUUACAUUCAACAUGGAACAAAUCUCUGGAAUGGCGCAGCGGAUAAUACAUUCCGCAAAAGAUGUGAUACGAUUAAAAAAACUGGGCAAAAACGGCCAACAUAGCCAUGAACAAAGAGCGAGUGGUCAAAGCAAAGGCUUCAGUGGCCACAUAAAGACAUUUCUGGUGGAUGUAACUCAAAGAGCGAAACAGGUUAAGCAAAAAGUAUCCCCGGCGGAUGCUUCUAAUGUGUAA